UAUGUACUAUUGGGAGUGUUCACAACAUUACUAACAAUUGUUUUCAUAUCCCAGUUAAUACUGGGAUCACCAGUAUAACAUAUUGUGUUUUGUUAUUAAAUACUAAAGGAGGAAAAUGUUAGUGAGUAUAUAGAUAUAUUGUGAAUAGUUGUUUCUAAAUUAACAGAAAAUUUACUAUAAGAACUAGACUUAAAGUAUACUUCAAAAAUUAAUUAAACCCUGCUGCUUCUUGUAUGUUUGAUUAAGCUCAUUUAGUAAAUAUAAUAAUCCAAAAUGAAGUAUUUUAAUCCAUUGUUACAAUUCUAAACGUUUAAGGGAAAUGAGUAUGAAUUGUUUCUUGAAUAAUUCUAAUAUUAUGACAAAUAUUUGGGUAGGGUAUUAUUGCAAAAAUUUGAAUAUAUUAGAAUCAAAUCAGCAAAGAUGAGUGAGAUCAAAAGCAUUAUGAAACUUAGCUUAGAG